AUGGCCAUCCAGAAGGUAUACAGAAUCGGCGUGGACGUCGGCGGUACCAACACUGACUGUGUCAUACUUCAUCCUGGCGAGGCACAUCUUCAACACCGAGGUAUCAGGACUGCCUUCAAGACGCCAACGACCGCGAACGUGACUGAAGGCAUCACGAAAGCUAUCGAAGGCGCCAUCUCCCAAUGUGGUAUUCCUUUACACGAUAUCUCGGCCGUGAUGAUCGGUACGACGCACUUCAUCAAUGCAGUUGUCCAAGCAGACGACCGAAACUUGAGAAGUGUCGGUGUCCUACGUGUAUGUGGCCCCUACACAAAGGAGAACCCGGCGUUCAUGGACUUUCCCCCUAUUCUCGCGAGGAUCCUGAACGGUCACGUUGCCUAUCUCGAUGGUGGUCUCGAAUUCGAUACACGUGAGAUUAUGCCUCUUAACGAGGCGCAGAUCCGAAAGGAGUGCCAGGUCCUGAAGCAAAAGGGCAUCACAGAUAUCGCCGUCGUUGGAGUGUUCUCGCCACUCGACAUUUCAGGAAAGCAGGAGGCCAGAGUCAAGGAAAUUGUACUCGAAGAACUUCCCGGUGCUGACGUGGUUUUGUCGAGAGACAUCGGUCAACUGGGUUAUCUGGAGCGAGAAAACGCAACAAUCCUCAACACCUCCAUUCUGAAGUUCGCCAGAAAAACCAUCCGAGGCUUCAAGCUUGCUAUCCGGGGCUUAGGCCUCUCGUGUCCGCUGUACUUGACCCAGAAUGAUGGCACUAUCAUUGAUGCCGACUCCGCAGAGAAGUGUCCUAUCAAGACUUUCUCAAGUGGUCCUACUAACAGUGCUUCUGGUGCGGCUUACCUCGCCGGGCUCGACACCAAGGAAGGCAAGAUCCAGGACGCACAGGUGAUCGUCGCAGACGUCGGUGGCACAACGACAGAUGUUUGUGCUCUUCUAUCGUCCGGGUUUCCGCGUCAAGCUGGGACAUGGGUCGAGAUCGGCGGUGUCAGAAGUGCGUUUCCUAUGCCCGAGGUGCUAUCCGUCGCACUUGGUGGAGGUACCAAGGUCGAACAGCAAAACGGAAAGGUCAUCGUUGGCCCCGAAUCAGUAGGCCAUCGACUGCUUUCCGAAGGCCUCGUAUUUGGAGGCAGCACUCUAACGACUACGGAUAUCGUCGUCGCGAGCGGUCACGCUGAUAUCGGGGAUAAGUCGAGAGUGAAGGACGUCCCUGAGGAUGUCAUUUCACAAGCCAGACUUCGUAUGAAGAAGCUGCUCGAGAACGCGGUCGAUUCAAUGAAGUUGAGUGCCGAUGACGCCGUCGUUAUACUUGUCGGUGGUGGCAGCAUCGUCCACAUGGAUGACCUGGAAGGGGUUGGCCGAAUAAUCAGACCACCGUUCCACGAUUGUGCAAAUGCUGUCGGUGCUGCUAUCGCGAAAAUCUCGGGACAAAUCGAUGUCGUCAAGGUUCUUGAAGGUCUCGACGAGGAGAAGGCGGUCGAGGAAGUAUGCACCGAGGCCAAGAACAUUGCCAUUGAUGCUGGUGCCGAUCCUGAGUCCGUUCGUAUCGCCACGAUUGAGAACAUGCCUCUGCAGUAUGUUCAGAUGAAAGCAAGCAGAAUCGUUGUCAGAGCUGCCGGUACAUUGAACCAAGACGCUCUUCUCGACUACGUACCCCUGGACAACAUCGACGAGUUGUCUGCCGUCCAGGAAGGAGAAGUCAAGGCUUCAAAGACGACAAACGCAGAGAAAGAUCCGAAGGAUUUCCUCGUCAGCCCAUCUGCCUCUAUCGAUAUCCGUCAGUACAAACCGGAGGUAGACAAGGACGGCAACUGGUGGGUGUCUGAAAUCGAUUGUGAGUUCUUGGCCACUGGAUGUAGUAUCCUGGCUUGCGGCGGCGGCGGUCCAGGUUACAUGUGCUACAUGGCUGCGAGAGCAGCAAUCAAGGCCGGCAAGCGCAUGGCAGUUGUCGACAUCGACACUCUGUCAGAGGACGGCCACGUGCUAGGGACUAAUCAGUACAGUGCCCCUACUGUCACGCUAGAACGUAUUCCCAGUGGAACCGAGUCCAUCGACGCCACGGACGCCCUGUUGAGCUGCCACCCCGGGGUGAAGAUGGAUGCACAGAUUGCCAUCGAAAUCGGUGGCAUGAACGGUAUUCGACCACUCCUAGUCGGUUCGCAAUAUGGUGGUGUCCCGACGAUUGACGGUGACUUUAUGGGGCGUGCAUACCCGAGAAUCUACAUAAUGACUCCUUACCUCUUCGGAAUUCCUCUUUCUCCUUGCACACAGAGUGACGGCAACGGCAACGUUGUGACUGUGCACAAAGCAUCCGACCCCCACAAGCUCGAAAAGAUCCAUCGCAAGGCCGGCCACGAACUCGGCUUGUUCAGUCAGAUGGUCCUACCGCCGAUGACAAUCAAGGACGCAAAGAAAGUCGGCACGCUAGGAACGACCUCAUUGGCCUGGUACAUUGGGCGUGCCGUCUACCUUGCUCGGCAGGAGAAGACGGAUAUCAUGAAGGCCAUAGUCGAAGCAAACCCCUCCGGCCGUGUGCUGUACACGGGCAAGAUCGUCUCGGUCAACCGCUACGUCUCGGCAGCAGGGUACACGGAGGGCACGGUACGUCUGAAGCCCAUCAGCAGCGACGAGCAAGAGUACGGUGACAGCGCCAUGACCGAGACGAGGGACAUGAUCCUGCCGUUCCAGAACGAGUACCUCUACGCCGCACUCGUCGACCCCAAGGCCACCGAUAAGGGAGCCAAGGGAGGCGAGAUCCUGUGUACGGUGCCAGAUCUGAUUUCCCUGGUCGGAACCGACGGGUACGCAUUGGGUACCCAGGAUCUCAGAUACGGCGUCAGAGUUAGUGUCGUUGCGUUUGUCGCGCACCCUCAUUGGUACACGGAAAAGGGUGUGAGGGUCGGUGGACCCAAGGAGUUCGGAUACGAUAUGGACUUUAUACCUCUUGGAACUCCAUAUUACGAACCAAAGAGAGUCACUAGGGAAUUUAGACCUGUGUAA